AUGGAUAAUCAGCAUUCAGAAACCUUAUUGGGAACUUUACGUGAGAAAUAUGAAAAUAGUGCAAUUUUGUCACUAAGUAGUUUAUUCAUAUUUGUUACAUUAUGUAAUAUGUUCAUAAUGUACAGAUUAUUAUUAGAUGUGAUUCCAUAUCCUAUUGGAGUUACAUUCUCACAAUUAUUGGUUGGUAUGAUGUUGGCUUAUGUAUUAGGAGGAUGUGAUUUGAAAAAGGUUAAGGAUGAAACUUUGAGUAGAUUUAGUGAAUAUGCUGUACCAGUUGGUGUAUAUUUAUUAAUGUUUACUAUUGCAAAUAUUUUAUUAAAAUCUACACCAGUUAUCGCAGUAUAUCCAUCUAUUUUAGCAUUGGCUGUGGUAUUACAUCAUAUAUUCAGAUAUUUAUUCUGUGAUCAAAGGAAUUUAUUAUCAUUCAAGACUGUAUUGAUUACUGCUUUAUCAUAUAUAGUAGCCUGUUUUGAUACCAAUUUGGUACCACCAACAUUAUUGGGACUUUCAAUUCUUUAUGCUAUUUCAUCUGCUAUUUUCAGAGCUGUAUGUUUGGAGAAGGCACUUCAUGUUACUGAAAGAGAUGCAAAUAAGCUAUAUAAUGUUCAGGUUUUCUGUGGUGUUUUUGUUUUAUUCUUUGCAACUAUAAUAUUUGAGCCAGAAUUCUUUUUAUCAGUGCAAUCAAAGAGUUUCUCCGAAUUUUUAUUAUCUAUUGGAUGUUUAGUUACCGUUGGUACAAUACCAUUUGUUAAGAAUAUUAUUGCAAAUAAGCUAGUAACUAUUGGCCAGCAAGCUCCAUGGAGAUUUUCUGAGAUCAUUUCUGUUGCCUUAUUCUUUGUAUUUGGUGUAAUAUUCUUUGAAUGUGAUAUUACUAUUACAAUCAUUAUCUCAUUUAUUCUCGUAAUUACUGGUAGAACUAUGUCUAUGGUUGAUAUUAUCAAUAAUGACAAUAAGAGACAUUCAGGUUCACAUCAUAAGAAGAAACAUGCACAGAAAAAUACUUUGGCAUUUAAUGAUGUACAUGAAGAUGCUGCAGCUCAAAUUGUAGAUCCUCCUAUGAAAGAUAUGAGCAUGCAAAACAGUCCAAAUGGUUAUGAAGGUGAUCAUGAAUCAGAAAUGGAUCACGAAUUAAUGAAUGAGCAAGGUAUCAUAGAUCAAGAGGAUGUUGAUCCAGAGAGUGGGAUUGUUCAGAAUGAAAAUUAG